AGAGAGAGAGAGGUAUGGGGAAUGCUUACUGUGUAUUGUGCGGGUGCGUGGACCAAGCCAGCAUAGGAGUGGUCGAGAAGUGGGGGCGGUUCGACCGCCUCGCUCAGCCCGGUCUCCAUUGGUUCAAUCCCUUGGCAGGUGAAUGCCUCGCCGGAAUCCUCACCACCAGGAUCAGCUCUCUUGAUGUCAAAAUCGAGACCAAAACUAAGGACAAUGUAUUUGUUCAAUUGCAUUGUUCUAUUCAAUACAGAGUGAUCAAGGAAAAUGCAGAUGAUGCUUUCUAUGAAUUACAAAAUCCUCAAGAGCAGAUUCAAUCUUAUGUAUUUGAUGUGGUCCGAGCUCAUGUCCCUAGAAUGACUUUGGAUGAACUUUUUGAACAAAAGGGUGAUGUUGCUCAAGCUGUAUUAGAGGAACUUGAGAAGGUGAUGGGAGCAUAUGGAUACAACAUAGAGCACAUAUUGAUGGUUGACAUUAUUCCUGAUCCUUCUGUACGGAAAGCAAUGAAUGAAAUAAAUGCAGCUCAAAGGAUGCAGCUUGCUAGCGUGUACAAAGGGGAGGCAGAGAAGAUUCUCCAGGUCAAGAAAGCAGAAGCUGAUGCUGAAGCCAAGUAUCUUGGUGGAGUGGGGGUUGCCAGACAGAGGCAGGCUAUUACAGAUGGCCUUCGAGAGAAUAUCUUGAACUUCUCCCACAAGGUUGAGGGCACAUCUGCAAAGGAGGUUAUGGACCUCAUCAUGAUCACCCAGUAUUUUGACACAAUCAAAGACCUUGGAAAUGGUUCCAAGAACACAACAGUUUUCAUACCCCACGGUCCUGGUCAUGUCCGGGAUAUUGGUGAGCAGAUACGUAAUGGGCUCAUGGAGGGAUCAAGCGCGCAUCUCAAUGUUGAAUAAACUAGCUGGUUUCCAUGAAUAUUUCAAUGAGUGCUCUAUAGUCUAUAAUAUUUGAGUUCUUUAUACUAGAGAGAUUGUGGAAUAAAAAUAAAUAGUUAUAUGAUCUUCAAUGUGGUAUUCAUGUCUAAAAGUGCUUGUUGGAUCUUCUAUGCUUAAGAUGUGAUAAUGUGUACAUAAUUUCAGAUUUAGGUGAUUGACAGCUGAUGGAGGAUAACUUGGUGGUA